UCUCGUCUGUACCAGGCCGCCAUCUUGAAUUUUAAUGUUGAUUUUUAAAGGAAAAAAAAUCAAAUAAAAUAAUGAAUUUGCUGUGAUAUAUUUGUUCAGAGUGUCGUGACAGAUCCGCACGGAGACUUCUGCCUGGUUCCGGACCGAUCACCGUGUUUGAAACUCCAGUUCCCAGUCUUCCCCACUGAACAACACCUCUUCAUCUCAGAGACUAAAUGCGACUGAAGAAGGGGGCUUGUGGGCAUGAAGUGGCUGGGCGAAUCCAAGAACAUGGUGGCGAACGGCAGACGCCACGGGAACAAGCUGACUGCCGAGCAGCCCCUGAGCCAGACCCGCUCUCAGCACGCGCAGCGGGCGGCGCAGCGCCAACUCAGAGGCCACCAGAGGAGCCGUCGAUGCAGCCGCAGGUGUAACGCUGCUACUCUGGAGGCGGAGCGGCGCUACGUGCCCUCCUCAGGAAUGACGGCCAAGGAGCUGUGUGAGAACGAUGAUCUGACCACCAGCCUCAUCCUGGAUCCGUACCUGGGCUUCCAGACCCACAAGAUGAACACCAGAUUUCGACCAAUCAAAGGAAGACAAGAGGAGCUGAAGGAAAUCAUCGAGCGCUUCAAAAAGCACGACAACCUGGAGAAAGCCUACAAAGCUCUGACGUCAGGAGACUGGUGCCGAAACCUGUUCCUGCACAAGUCCAAGGCUCAGGAGAAGCUCUUCAAGCAACAUGUGUUUGUUUACCUGCGGAUGUUCGCCACAGACAGCGGCUUUGAGAUCCUGCCCUGCAACCGAUACUCGUCCGAGCAGAACGGAGCUAAGAUUGUAGCCACGAAGGAAUGGAAAAGAAACGAUAAGAUCGAGUACCUGGUGGGCUGCAUCGCCGAGCUGUCCGAGAGCGAGGAGAACCUGCUGCUCCGCCACGGCGAGAACGACUUCAGCGUCAUGUACUCCACACGCAAGAACUGCGCCCAGCUGUGGCUGGGGCCCGCCGCCUUCAUCAACCACGACUGCCGACCGAACUGCAAGUUUGUGUCGACAGGACGGGACACGGCCUGCGUGAAGGUCCUGCGGGACAUCGAACCAGGAGAGGAGAUCUCCUGUUACUACGGGGACGGGUUCUUUGGGGAAAACAAUGAGUUUUGUGAAUGCUAUACGUGUGAAAGGCGGGGUACCGGUGCUUUCAAAUCUAAAGCUGGCUUGCCGGUGGAGAUGCCGGUGAUCAACAGUAAGUACGGGCUGCGGGAAACGGACAAGCGUCUCAACAGACUGAAGAAGCUGGGAGAAGGACACCGCAGCUCGGACAGUCACUCUGUGGGCUCCCACACUGAUGUAGACUCUCAGGAAAUGCCAAAAACACAUCAGUCUGCCAGAAACAGAACAUCUUCAUCGUCGUCGUCUGGCCUGAAGUAUAAAAACAGGACUCAAAGCAGACAGACUUUGUCCAGAGCCCUUCCUACCUCAUGUUCCAAAGCAGGCCGUGUGAACAGUAACAGGGUACCAAAGAGACUAAAGUCCAAGCCUUUACUCAGUAAAGUCCGGCUGCGGAGCCGCAGGAGAGGGGCGGAGCCCAGAGCGUCGGCCAAACCUGAGGCGGGCCAGCUGGCUCUCAGGGAUUCCAAGGCGGCGCUGUGCAAAGGCGUCUCCAUCAAGAAGGAGAAGGACGGACAGGAAGUGGCGCCGCUGGGCCAGCGGGGCUGCGUCACUCGGCACGCCGCCAAGGAAAACGGCAACCACGCCGUUCAGAGCGGCGAGGGCAGCCACGCCUCCGCCUACAGAACUCGCAGGUCCACCCGGACGUUCGGCGUCGGCCAGGAGCCGGCAGCCGGCGUGAAGCUGGAGCCCAACGCCAUGGACGGCCUGAGCUCGCUUCCUGGAGGGGUGGUCAUCAAAACGGAGCCGGCGGACCUGGACCAGUACCUGCAGCCAGUCCUGGACUCCAGCUACGCCAGAAGGAGCACGCGCGCCGGCCAGAAGCGGCCGACGCAGCCGCGGGCGGAGCGGGCCAUCAAAUGCGAAGGCUCAAACUGCGAGCCCUUCACGCCGGCUGCAGGCCACGCCCCCGGUUUCUCCGACUGCGGGAGCGUGCUGCUGAACUUCGCUGACAGACACCGGGACUUCAACGGCGUGGCCAACGGCAGCAAGGCCCUGUGCAGGGACAAGAGCAAGAGCAGCUGCCGCUCGCAGGACAAGGUCAAGAAGAAGCGGCGCAUCACGCGCUACGACGCCCAGCUGAUCCUGGAGAACAACACGGGCAUCCCCAAACUGACGCUCCGCCGGCGGAGGGACAGCAGCAGCAGCAAGACCAACGACGCCAACGACCACGUGGCCUCCUCCACCCUGGGCCCGGCCUCCUCCAGCAAGAUCAGCAUCAAGUUCAGCAAGGACCACGACAAGGACAAGGGCUCCUACGUGGCCAAGCUCAACAACGGCUUCGCGCCCGGCGUCCACAGCAGCGCCACCAAGCUGAAGAUCCAGCUGAAGAGGGAGGACGACGCCCGCAGGACGGCCCAGGCCAAGGUGGACCACAUGUCCUACAACGGAGGAGUGGCUCCGGGGCUGGAGAGCAGGAACGGUGCGCAUCGGACCCAGAAGGUCCUGGCAGAACCUUCGUCCGACGAGGAUGACGACGAGGACGAGGAGGAAGGAGAGGACGACGACGAUGACUACUUCCACAACGAGUUUGAGGACGACUUCAUUCCACUUCCUCCGGCGAAGCGGCUGCGCCUCAUCGUGGGUAAAGAUUCCAUAGACAUCGAUAUCUCCUCCAGGAGGAGAGAGGAUCAGUCUCUGAGGCUCAACGCCUGAGCCUUUGUGUAAAUAAAGAGCCGCCAAUCAACCCCGUGUUGAUGUAAAGGAAGUAAUUUAAAACAAAAAUGCUAAGAAUCAAGAAUCUGAGUGAGGUGCUCUUAACCUAAAACAAACCUGGUGCUCUCUUCAACGUGAUUUGUUUUUUUGGGUUCUGCUCCUGAAAAAAUGCUGACGAACUCGGUUCUUUUCUCAGAAAUCUGAGUUGAAAGUGAAAACUGAGGGUUUGUUUUAGGUUGAACCAUCAAAGUGAAUGCACUUGUUAUAUUUCAUCAUGGACGUGUAGAAAGUGUACAGUUUGGUGAUUUUCCCGUCUGUCUCAUCCGCAGGGUUUUAUUGAAUCUUUGUUUUCUUUUUGUUCUUUCGUCUCGUAGCGUGUAAGCUUUGUGUGGAGUGGUUGAUCCAGAGGCAUUAGAGCAUCAGUUUGUCCUUCUGGUGCCAUGUUCUCAUAGCAGAUUGAGUUUUAUUUUUUUAUUUUUAUUUGGAUUAGCAGUUGAGGUAAAUUAAGUCUCAMCUGUAGUUUAAAUCAUGACUUUAUUCAUACGAGGGUUCUUCCAUCAUGUAAGAUAUUUACUGGUAAGAAACAGCAGAUUCAGCUGUAAUUCAGCACAUUUCUUUUUUUCUCAGUUUGAAGAUUUAAAGUUGAAAUGUUGAAAAUAUUUAAAAAGAAAAAAAUGUUGCCAUGUUUGUUGUGUGUUUGGUUCCUGCCAUAGAAAACCWGGACUUCCUGUGUGUUUCUAUGUUAGGAGCAUAAAUCACUGUCCACCACUGAACUGGAUCAUUUAUACCCAGAUCAUUCCUCCAACAACUUUAUGA